UAGCUGGAAAAGGUAUCCUGGGGUGAUUAGAGGAUUUUACAUUUCAUCUCAGAAAGGGAUAUUGACAGGACGCCAGAACUUCUAGAUCCUCUUGAAUUUCAAAAAAUACUUCCAAGCCUGGACAAUAUCGGGAGGCCUCAUCUCUACAAAAUAAAAAUUAAGAAAUUAGCCGGGUGCGGUGGCACACUCCUGUAGUCCCACCUACUCUGGAGGCUGAGGCGGGAAGAUCACUUGAGCUAUGGUGGCCGAGGCUGCAGUCAGCUGUGAUCAUGCCACUGCACUCCAGCCUGGGUGACAGAGCAACACCCUGAAAGAAAAAAGGGAUGGAGGGAAGGAGAGAAGUAAGGGAGGGAGGGAGGAAGGAAGGAAGGAAGGAAGGAAGGAAGGAAGGAAGGAAAUGGCUUAAGCUCAGAGAGCUGUGUGAGGCCCCCAGCUCCCAUCCCCCAUCAAGGGGCCUGCAAACCCACGGAGGGACAGGUUGUCUUGAGCUGGAGCCACAGGGAUGGGGGGACCUCAACUGUAGGGGUUAGGAUUAGGGUUAGGCUUUGAGGUUUCAGUUUAUAGAAUCUAGAUGGGUUUGGUCCUGGGAAAAUUCCAGGUCUGGGUUUUGUGGUUGGGGGUUGGUCUCAGGUGAGAUGCGACAGGUUUACAGUGUUUGCAAGGUAUGUACAGAUUCAUAUGGUGGAUUGCUUGAAUGUGUUCUCCGGAUUUCAUGUUUUGGCAAUUUUUUUUCUUCUUUUUUUAGAUAGUGCCUCGCUCUGUCAUGUAUCACCCAGGCUGGAGUGCAAUGGUGCGAUCUCGGCUCACUGCAACCUCUGCCUCCCAGGUUCAAGCGAUUCUCGCACCUCAGCCUCCUGGUAGCUGGCAUUGUAGCAGGACAAGCCACAGAAAUAUUCCUCAGACACCGGGUUAAAGAAAGAAGGGCUUUCUUCGGCCAGGAGGGUCAGCACCCUUGCGUCUUAAGAGCCGAGCUCUCCGAAAAAGGAAUUCCUGGGCCUUUUAAGGGUUUACGACUCUAAGAGGUUCACAUGAAAGGGUCGUGAUAGAUGGAACAAGCGUGGGGAAUGUGACUGGGGGCUACAUGCAUCAGAUAACAGUACAGAGAGUUUUUCAGUGCUUCCUCAUACAGUGUCUGGAAUUUGCCGAUAACACAAAUAGUUUACUUCUGGGGCUAAUAUUAUUAUUAUUAUUUUAACCUCCAGGACCGGGUGGUGGUGCCAAGGUCGUCCAGCUAUUUAUCUUACUUCUGGGUUUUUUUUUUUUUUUUUUAGCUUUUUGCUUUCUCCCUUUUUCCCUGUUUUAUAAACUAAGGAAGGGAUGUGGGGAAGGGAAGGGCAGCAGGAGAAGUGGUGGUCUCCUUCCUUAGGAUUACAGGCACUGGGCUUCAUUCCUUGCUAAUUUUUUUUUUGUGUGUAUUUUUAGUAGAGAUGGGGUUUCACCAUGUUGGCCAGGCUUGUCUUGAACUCCUGGCCUCAGGUGAUCGCCCGCCUUGGCCUCUGAAAGUGCUGGGAUUAAAAGCACAAGGCACGGUGCCCAGCCAUGUGUUGGCAAUUUAAUCCCCAAAUUCAUGUCCUGAUUGGAGAUGUGGCCUUUGGGAGGUAAUUAGGAUGAGAUAAGGUCAUUAGGGUGGGUCCCAGUCAUGGGACUCGUGGCUUUAUAUGAUGAGGAAGAGAGACUGGAGCGGACACGCACUCUUGCCCCCUCCUCCCUCGCCAGCACUCUCGCUCUCCCCUCCCCUGCCAUGUGCAGCCCUCCCCAGCCACCAGAACUCGCCCUCCCCUCCCCGGCCAGGAGUGGACACGGACUCCCGUCCUCCCGCCAUGUGCCGCCCUCCACUGGGCGGGGAUGCUGUGGGCCAUGUGCUGCUUGGGGUCCAGGGGCCGCGAGCCUCCGCCGUUCCUCAGACUCGUGGGCCUGGGCGCUGGGUGGGGCCGCGGGUGCGCGUCAGUGGCCAGGCUGGGCGCCGAGGUCUGCAAAGGGGCGGAGAAGACGGGCUUGGGCUCCGCGCAGAGGCUGCCAGGGGGCGGCGGUGCACCUCCCACCCGGGUCACCUCGGUGCCACCCAUGCCUGCCUCAGGGCAGGCGGACCCACGGCCCUCCACGCCCUCCCUCGCUCGCGUCCUGCCCGGCUGCCGCUGUUCGCAUCCUCUCGGUAACUCCGUGGGGUCCUGCCCAUUCGGGCGACUGCCCAGGCUGCAGCCCGCCAGCUAAUCUCGGCUAUCUUUCCUCACUCGGUUCUUCGCCUCCACCAGCUUCGGCUCUUUUCGUCACCCCUCUUUACUCCUCGUUCCUCUCCGUCACUUUCCCUCAACUCCGAUCACGCUCGGCCUGCUUCAUCUCACCAUUUCGCUUUCCUCUUUUUCGCUCUCUGAUAAAUUUCGUGACUCUUCGUCACUGUCCGUCAGUCCCCGUCACUUUCCGUCAAUUCUCGCCACUUUCCGUCACUCUCCGCCGCCCUUCAGCUCCGCUCGGCUGUUCUCCGUCAGGCAUCGUCUACUUUCGUCACUCUCCGUCACUCUCCGGCUGCUCCCUACCCCGCACUCCGGGUGGAGAAAGCCUCAGGGACUUUUCCUGCCCUUAGAUCUUUUCCGUCACUCUCCGAUCCUGCUGUCUCUUCAGUCCCUGGUUAUUUCUGAUCUGCCCGUGACUCUGUCCUCCUCCCUUCACUCCUGGGAGAGUGGCCUGGUCCCUCCUGAGAGGCUUCUCCCCUCUACCCGGCCUGACUGAUGGUGAUAGUGCCUCGCUCUGUCAUGUAUCACCCAGGCUGGAGUGCAAUGGUGCGAUCUCGGCUCACUGCAACCUCUGCCUCCCAGGUUCAAGCGAUUCUCGCACCUCAGCCUCCUGGUAGCUGGCAUUGUAGCAGGACAAGCCACAGAAAUAUUCCUCAGACACCGGGUUAAAGAAAGAAGGGCUUUCUUCGGCCAGGAGGGUCAGCACCCUUGCGUCUUAAGAGCCGAGCUCUCCGAAAAAGGAAUUCCUGGGCCUUUUAAGGGUUUACGACUCUAAGAGGUUCACAUGAAAGGGUCGUGAUAGAUGGAACAAGCGUGGGGAAUGUGACUGGGGGCUACAUGCAUCAGAUAACAGUACAGAGAGUUUUUCAGUGCUUCCUCAUACAGUGUCUGGAAUUUGCAGAUAACACAAAUAGUUUACUUCUGGGGCUAAUAUUAUUAUUAUUAUUUUAACCUCCAGGACCGGGUGGUGGUGCCAAGGUCGUCCAGCUAUUUAUCUUACUUCUGGGUUUUUUUUUUUUUUUUUUUAGCUUUUUGCUUUCUCCCUUUUUCCCUGUUUUAUAAACUAAGGAAGGGAUGUGGGGAAGGGAAGGGCAGCAGGAGAAGUGGUGGUCUCCUUCCUUAGGAUUACAGGCACUGGGCUUCAUUCCUUGCUAAUUUUUUUUUUGUGUGUAUUUUUAGUAGAGAUGGGGUUUCACCAUGUUGGCCAGGCUUGUCUUGAACUCCUGGCCUCAGGUGAUCGCCCGCCUUGGCCUCUGAAAGUGCUGGGAUUAAAAGCACAAGGCACGGUGCCCAGCCAUGUGUUGGCAAUUUAAUCCCCAAAUUCAUGUCCUGAUUGGAGAUGUGGCCUUUGGGAGGUAAUUAGGAUGAGAUAAGGUCAUUAGGGUGGGUCCCAGUCAUGGGACUCGUGGCUUUAUAUGAUGAGGAAGAGAGACUGGAGCGGACACGCACUCUUGCCCCCUCCUCCCUCGCCAGCACUCUCGCUCUCCCCUCCCCUGCCAUGUGCAGCCCUCCCCAGCCACCAGAACUCGCCCUCCCCUCCCCGGCCAGGAGUGGACACGGACUCCCGUCCUCCCGCCAUGUGCCGCCCUCCACUGGGCGGGGAUGCUGUGGGCCAUGUGCUGCUUGGGGUCCAGGGGCCGCGAGCCUCCGCCGUUCCUCAGACUCGUGGGCCUGGGCGCUGGGUGGGGCCGCGGGUGCGCGUCAGUGGCCAGGCUGGGCGCCGAGGUCUGCAAAGGGGCGGAGAAGACGGGCUUGGGCUCCGCGCAGAGGCUGCCAGGGGGCGGCGGUGCACCUCCCACCCGGGUCACCUCGGUGCCACCCAUGCCUGCCUCAGGGCAGGCGGACCCACGGCCCUCCACGCCCUCCCUCGCUCGCGUCCUGCCCGGCUGCCGCUGUUCGCAUCCUCUCGGUAACUCCGUGGGGUCCUGCCCAUUCGGGCGACUGCCCAGGCUGCAGCCCGCCAGCUAAUCUCGGCUAUCUUUCCUCACUCGGUUCUUCGCCUCCACCAGCUUCGGCUCUUUUCGUCACCCCUCUUUACUCCUCGUUCCUCUCCGUCACUUUCCCUCAACUCCGAUCACGCUCGGCCUGCUUCAUCUCACCAUUUCGCUUUCCUCUUUUUCGCUCUCUGAUAAAUUUCGUGACUCUUCGUCACUGUCCGUCAGUCCCCGUCACUUUCCGUCAAUUCUCGCCACUUUCCGUCACUCUCCGCCGCCCUUCAGCUCCGCUCGGCUGUUCUCCGACAGGCAUCGUCUACUUUCGUCACUCUCCGUCACUCUCCGGCUGCUCCCUACCCCGCACUCCGGGUGGAGAAAGCCUCAGGGACUUUUCCUGCCCUUAGACCUUUUCCGUCACUCUCCGAUCCUGCUGUCUCUUCAGUCCCUGGUUAUUUCUGAUCUGCCCGUGACUCUGUCCUCCUCCCUUCACUCCUGGGAGAGUGGCCUGGUCCCUCCUGAGAGGCUUCUCCCCUCUACCCGGCCUGACUGAUGGUGAUAGUGCCUCGCUCUGUCAUGUAUCACCCAGGCUGGAGUGCAAUGGUGCGAUCUCGGCUCACUGCAACCUCUGCCUCCCAGGUUCAAGCGAUUCUCGCACCUCAGCCUCCUGGUAGCUGGCAUUGUAGCAGGACAAGCCACAGAAAUAUUCCUCAGACACCGGGUUAAAGAAAGAAGGGCUUUCUUCGGCCAGGAGGGUCAGCACCCUUGCGUCUUAAGAGCCGAGCUCUCCGAAAAAGGAAUUCCUGGGCCUUUUAAGGGUUUACGACUCUAAGAGGUUCACAUGAAAGGGUCGUGAUAGAUGGAACAAGCGUGGGGAAUGUGACUGGGGGCUACAUGCAUCAGAUAACAGUACAGAGAGUUUUUCAGUGCUUCCUCAUACAGUGUCUGGAAUUUGCAGAUAACACAAAUAGUUUACUUCUGGGGCUAAUAUUAUUAUUAUUAUUUUAACCUCCAGGACCGGGUGGUGGUGCCAAGGUCGUCCAGCUAUUUAUCUUACUUCUGGGUUUUUUUUUUUUUUUUUUUAGCUUUUUGCUUUCUCCCUUUUUCCCUGUUUUAUAAACUAAGGAAGGGAUGUGGGGAAGGGAAGGGCAGCAGGAGAAGUGGUGGUCUCCUUCCUUAGGAUUACAGGCACUGGGCUUCAUUCCUUGCUAAUUUUUUUUUUGUGUGUAUUUUUAGUAGAGAUGGGGUUUCACCAUGUUGGCCAGGCUUGUCUUGAACUCCUGGCCUCAGGUGAUCGCCCGCCUUGGCCUCUGAAAGUGCUGGGAUUAAAAGCACAAGGCACGGUGCCCAGCCAUGUGUUGGCAAUUUAAUCCCCAAAUUCAUGUCCUGAUUGGAGAUGUGGCCUUUGGGAGGUAAUUAGGAUGAGAUAAGGUCAUUAGGGUGGGUCCCAGUCAUGGGACUCGUGGCUUUAUAUGAUGAGGAAGAGAGACUGGAGCGGACACGCACUCUUGCCCCCUCCUCCCUCGCCAGCACUCUCGCUCUCCCCUCCCCUGCCAUGUGCAGCCCUCCCCAGCCACCAGAACUCGCCCUCCCCUCCCCGGCCAGGAGUGGACACGGACUCCCGUCCUCCCGCCAUGUGCCGCCCUCCACUGGGCGGGGAUGCUGUGGGCCAUGUGCUGCUUGGGGUCCAGGGGCCGCGAGCCUCCGCCGUUCCUCAGACUCGUGGGCCUGGGCGCUGGGUGGGGCCGCGGGUGCGCGUCAGUGGCCAGGCUGGGCGCCGAGGUCUGCAAAGGGGCGGAGAAGACGGGCUUGGGCUCCGCGCAGAGGCUGCCAGGGGGCGGCGGUGCACCUCCCACCCGGGUCACCUCGGUGCCACCCAUGCCUGCCUCAGGGCAGGCGGACCCACGGCCCUCCACGCCCUCCCUCGCUCGCGUCCUGCCCGGCUGCCGCUGUUCGCAUCCUCUCGGUAACUCCGUGGGGUCCUGCCCAUUCGGGCGACUGCCCAGGCUGCAGCCCGCCAGCUAAUCUCGGCUAUCUUUCCUCACUCGGUUCUUCGCCUCCACCAGCUUCGGCUCUUUUCGUCACCCCUCUUUACUCCUCGUUCCUCUCCGUCACUUUCCCUCAACUCCGAUCACGCUCGGCCUGCUUCAUCUCACCAUUUCGCUUUCCUCUUUUUCGCUCUCUGAUAAAUUUCGUGACUCUUCGUCACUGUCCGUCAGUCCCCGUCACUUUCCGUCAAUUCUCGCCACUUUCCGUCACUCUCCGCCGCCCUUCAGCUCCGCUCGGCUGUUCUCCGACAGGCAUCGUCUACUUUCGUCACUCUCCGUCACUCUCCGGCUGCUCCCUACCCCGCACUCCGGGUGGAGAAAGCCUCAGGGACUUUUCCUGCCCUUAGACCUUUUCCGUCACUCUCCGAUCCUGCUGUCUCUUCAGUCCCUGGUUAUUUCUGAUCUGCCCGUGACUCUGUCCUCCUCCCUUCACUCCUGGGAGAGUGGCCUGGUCCCUCCUGAGAGGCUUCUCCCCUCUACCCGGCCUGACUGAUGGUGAUGGUGUCUCACUCUGUCAUCUAUCACCCAGGCUGGAGUGCAAUGGUGUGAUCUCGGCUCACUGCAAUCUCUGCCUCCCAGGUUCAACCUCAGCCUCCCGGUAGCUGGCAUUGUAGCAGGACAAGCCACAGAAAAAUUCCUCAGACACUGGAUUAAAGAAAGAAGGGCUUACUUCGGCCAGGAGCGUCAGCACCCUUGUGUCUUAAGAGCCGAGCUCCCUGAAAAAGAAAUUCCUGACCCUUUUAAGGGUUUACGACUCUAAGAGGUUCAUGUGAAAGGGUCGUGAUAGAUCGAGCAAGCGUGGGGAAUGUGACUGAGGGCUACAUGCAUCAGAUAACAGUACAGAAAGUUUUUCAGUGCUUCCUCAUACAGUGUCUGGAAUUUACGGAUAACACAAAUAGUUUACGUCUGGGGCUAAUAUUAUUAUUUUAACCACCAGGGCCGGGUGGUGGUGCCAAGGUCGUCCAGUUAUUUAUCUUACUUCUCUCUUUUUUUUUUUUUUUUUAGCUUUUUGCUUUCUCCCUUUUUCCCUGUUUUAUAAACUAAGGAAGGAUGUGGGGAAGGGAAGGGCAGCAGGAGAAGUGGUGGUCUCCUUCCUUAGAAUUACAGGCACCGGGCUUCAUUCCUUGCUAAUUUUUUUUUUUUUUUUGUAUUUUUAGUAGAGAUGGGGUUUCACCAUGUUGGCCAGGCUGGUCUUGAACUCCUGGCCUCAUGUGAUCGCCCGCCUCGGCCUCUGAAAGUGCUGGGAUUAAAAGCACAAGGCAUGGUGCCCAGCCAUGUGUUGGCAAUUUAAUCCCCAAAUUCAUGUCCUGAUUGGAGAUGUGGCCCUUGGCAGGUAAUUAGGAUUAAAUAAGGUCAUCAGGGUGGGUGGCUUUAUAUGAUGAGGAAGAGAGACUGGAGCGGACACGCACUCUUGCCCUCCUGCCUCGCCGGCACUCUCGCUCUCCCCUCCCCUGCCAUGUGCAGCCCUCCCCAACCACCAGAACUCGCCCUCCCCUUCCCGGCCGUGAGUGGACACGGACUCCCGCCCUCCCGCCAUGUGCCGCCCUCCACUGGGCGGGGAUGCUCUGGGCCACGUGCUGCUUGGGGUCCAGGGCCCGCGACUCGUGGGCCUGGGUGCUGGGUGGGGCCGCGGGUGCGCGUCAGGGGCCAGGCUGGGCGCCGAGGUCUGCAAAGGGGCGGAGAAGACGGGCUUGUGCUCCGCGCAGAGGCUGCCAGGGGGCGGCGGUGCACCUCCCACCCGGGUCACCUCGGUGCCACCCAUGCCGGCCUCAGGGCAGGCGGACCCACGGCCCUCCACGCCCUCCCUCGCUCGCGUCCUGCCCGGCUGCCGCUGUUCGCAUCCUCUCGGUAACUCCGUGGGGUCCCGCCCAUUCGGGCGACUGCCCAGGCUGCAGCCCGCCAGCUAAUCUCGGCUAUCUUUCCUCACUCAGUUCUUCGCCUCCACCAGCUUCGGCUCUUUUCGUCACCCCUCUUUACUCCUCGUUCCUCUCCGUCACUUUCCGUCAUCUCCGAUUAGGCUUGGCCCGCUGCAUCUCACCAUUUUGCUUUCCUCUUCGUCGCUCUCUGAUAAAUUUCGUGAAUCUUCGUCACUAUCCGUUAGUCUCCGUCACUUUCCGUCAAUUCUCGCCACUUUCCGUCACUCUCCACCGCCCUUUAGCUCCGCUCGGCUUUUCUCCGUCAGGCAUCGUCUACUUUCGUCACUCUCCGUCACUCUCCGGCUGCUCCCUACCCCGCACUCCAUGGAGAAAGCCGCAGGGACUUUUCCUGCCCUUAGUCCUUUUCCGUCACUCUCCGAUCCUGCUGUCUCUUCAGUCCCCGGUUAUUUCUGGUCUGCCCGUGACUCUGUCCUCCUCCCUUCACUCCAGGGAGAGUGGCCUGGUCUCUCCUGAGAGGCCUCUCCCCUCUACCCGGCCUGACUGAUGGUGGUGAGCGGGUCUCGGGGUGAUACCGAGGGGAGGAGCGGGGGUCUGGGGGUGGUCCUGAGAGGGUCCCGAGGGGAGGAUCGGGAGGAGGGUCUGGAGGUGGCCCCGUGGGGGUCCCGACAAGAGGAUCGGGGGUCUGGGGGUGGCGCCGAGGGAAGGAGCGGUCUGGUGUGAUCCGGAGGACAGGAACAGGGCGUCUGGGGGUCCGGAGGGGAGGAGCUGGGGGUCUGGGUGUGGGUUUCAGGGGUGGAGUAUGGGGUCUCCCUGUGGUCCGGAGGAUGGAGAGAGGGUCUGGGGUUGGUCCCGAGGGGAGGAGCGGGGGGUCUCGGUUUGGUUUUCAGGGGUGGAGCAUGGGGUCUCCCCGUGGUCUGGAGGGUGGAGCAGGGUGUCUGGGGUGGUACUUAUGGGCGGGACAGGGCUAUUUCUCUUUUUGGUCCGGUUCCCAUCUGCUGAGCUGGGGGUCCUUGUGAUCCUGACAGGUGGGGCAGCAUGGGAGGGUCAAGGUGAGGGGAAGGAAGCAGUGACGGCCUGUUCCCAAAGGGAGUAGGAAAGAGGUUCAUGGUUCAGUUCUGAUGUGCGACCCAUCCAUAGGAGAAUGGACACCUCUGACUCCCCCGUUCCUGGCCAGUGGCAGGGCCCAGUAGCUGCCUUCCCUGGCUGUCCUCGAGGCUCACUGGAAAUACUUUUUCUUCAUUGUGGCAAAUUUUUAAAAAUUCUUCUAUAGAUCUCAAUGAGUUGAAAGCUGCCUCUGUGCCGGCAUAGUUCCGUUCUUUGCCUACAUUCCACUCUACUCGGCUGAAAGGAAAUGAUAGUGUCUCACUCUGUCAUCUAUCACCCAGGCUGGACUGCAAUGGUGCGAUCUAGGCUCACUGCAACCUCUGCCUCCCAGGUUCAAGCGAUUCUCCCACCUCAGCCUCCCGGUAGCUGGCAUUGUAGCAGGACGAGCCACAGAAAUAUUCCUCAGACACCGGGUUAAAGAAAGAAGGGCUUUCUUCGGCCAGGAGGGUCAGCACCCUUGCGUCUUAAGAGCCGAGCUCCCCGAAAAAGGAAUUCCUGGGCCUUUUAAGGGUUUACGACUCUAAGAGGUUCACAUGAAAGGGUCGUGAUAGAUGGAGCAAGCGUGGGGAAUGUGACUGAUGGCUACAUGCAUCAGAUUACAGUACAGAAAGUUUUUCAGUGCUUCCUCAUACAGUGUCUGUAAUUUACAGAUAACACAAAUAGUUUACGUCUGGGGCUAAUAUUAUUAUUUUAACCACCAGGGCCGGGUGGUGGUGCCAAGGUCGUCCAGCUAUUUAUCUUACUUCUGGUUUUUUUUUUUUUUUUUUUUAGCUUUUUGCUUUCUCCUUUUUUCCCUGUUUUAUAAACUAAGGAAGGGGUGUGGGGAAGGGAAGGGCAGCAGGAGAAGUGGUGGUCUCCUUCCUUAGGAUUACAGGCACCGGGCUUCAUUCCUUGCUAAUUUUUCUUUUUUUUUUGUAUUUUUAGUAGAGAUGGGGUUUCACCAUGUUGGCCAGGCUGGUCUUGAACUCCUGGCCACAGGUGAUCGCCCGCCUUGGCCUCUGAAACUGCUGGAAUUAAAAGCACAAGGCACGGCGCCCAGCCAUGUGUUGGCAAUUUAAUCCCCAAAUUCAUGUCCUGAUUGGAGAUGUGGCCCUUGGCACGUCAUUAGGAUUAAAUAAGGUCAUCAGGGUGGGUGGCUUUGUAUGAUGAGGAAGAGAGACUGGAGCGGACACGCACUCUUGCCCUCUCCUCCCUCGCCCGCACUGUCGCUCUCCCCUCCCCUGCCAUGUGCAGACCUCCCCAGCCACCAGAACUCGCCCUCCCCUCCCCGGCCAUGAGUGGACACGGACUCCCGUCCUCCCGCCAUGUGCCGCCCUCCACUGGGCGGGGAUGCUCUGGGCCACGUGCUGCUUGGGGUCCAGGGGCCGCGAGCCUCCGCUGCUUCUCGGCCUCGUGGGCCCGGGCGCUGGGUGGGGCCGCGGGUGGGGGUCAGGGUCCAGGCUGGGCGCCGAGGUCUGCAAAGGGGCGGAGACGACGGGCUUGGGCUCCCCGCAGAGGCUGCCAGGGGGCGGCGGUGCACCUCCCACCCGGGUCACCUCGGUGCCACCCAUGCCUGCAUCAGGGCAGGCGGACCCACGGCCCUCCACGCCCUCCCUCGCUCGCGUCCUGCCCGGCUGCCGCUGUUCGCAUCCUCUCGGUAACUCCGUGGGGUCCCGCCCAUUCGGGCGACUGCCCAGGCUGCAGCUCACCAGCUAAUCUCGGCUAUCUUUCCUCACUCAGUUCUUCACCUCCACCAGCUUCGGCUCUUUUCGUCACCCCUCUUUGCUCCUCGUUCCUCUCCGUCACUUUCCGUCAACUCCGAUUAGGCUCGGCCUGCUUCAUCUCACCAUUUCGCUUUCCUCUUUGUCGCUCUCUGAUAAAUUUCGUGACUCUUCGUCACUGUCCGUCAGUCCCCGUCACUUUCCGUCAAUUCUCGCCACUUUCCGUCGCUCUCCGCCGCCCUUUAGCUCCGCUCGGCUCAUCUCCGUCAGGCAUCGUCUACUUUCGUCACUCUCCGUCACUCUCCGGCUGCUCCGUACCCCGCACUCCAUGGAGAAAGCCUCAGGGACUUUUCCUGUCCUUAGUCCUUUUCCGUCACUCUCCGAUCCUGCUGUCUCUUCAGUCCCCGGUUAUUUCUGGUCUGCCCGUGACUCUGUCCUCCUCCCUUCACUCCUGGGUCUGGUCUCUCCUGAGAGGCCUCUCCCCACUACCCGGCCUGACUGAUGGUGCACUCUGAGUACGUGAAAAAGUCCAAGAUGCUUCUUCAGGGGUGAAUUUUGCUACUUUUUAAAGAAGACUCAAAAGGCACUUUUGCAACUCAAAGUCUUUCUUCAAGUGAUGAAAUGUGUUACCUACUUCACUCAUUGCUGUGAUGCAUUUUCCAAUUCUAGAUCCCCUUGGUUUUUGUUGUUGUUUUUUUUCUGUGUGAACUCUGCGUCAUUUACUCACUCUCAACAACAGAAUAAAAGAAAUUGGCCACCA